GCAGAAUUAGGAAGAAGCUCCGUCACUUCACUUCCCUCCCCGCCCGGCCUGCCUGCCUGCCUGCCUCCCUCCUUUCCCCAGCCCCGAUCCUCAGCUUGGAAAACAAGGGCCCAGCAGCAAUGGCCACAGCCGGGCUCACGGACAAGUUGGAGGAGGAAGCCAAAUGUCCCAUCUGCCUGGACUUCCUGUCCGACCCGGUGACCGUCGACUGCGGGCACAACUUCUGCCGCCGCUGCAUCACCUGGCACUGCCACACGAAGGGCGGGGACCACAGGGCCAAGCUGUGCCCCCUCUGCCGGACCCCGUACCGCAAGGAGAACUUCAGAGCCAACAAGCAGCUGGGGAGCCUGGUGGAGAGGGUCCGGGAGCUGUGCCAGCCCCCCAGAGUAGGAGAGGAAAGGCGUCAGCCCGUGACCAAGGCCGCCCAGCAGGGGCCGGGGCAGGUGCCCGGUGUGGCCGUGCCCGGCGUGGUUCGGCCGAAGCAAGGCUCUCUGCCCCGGGCGGCCUUACAGAACCUCUUACGGACUCUCAGGUCCCCCAGCUCUCCCCUGCAGCAGCAACAGGUGCUUAACAUCCUUCGUUCCAACCCCCAGCUGCUCACUGCUUUCAUCAGUCAGCGAGCCGCUAAGUACGCGGGGACCCAGAACCCACCGGGCCCGCCCGGGCAGCCUGGCAUGCCACAGGGGCAGCCGGGCCUGCAGCUGCAACCCACCUUGCAGGGGCAGCAGGGGCAGCAGGGGAUGGUGCAUCCUAAUCCGGUCACGCAAAACAUGCCACCUCUGCAAGCCCGAGCUGCCGCGCUGGGAGGAGAGUCUAUUUAGGUGCGGGAGUAGGGCCGAGGGGGUGACGGUGAGCGGAUUAGGGGACGGAGUCAGGCGUUAAGGCCUCUCCGCCUAAGGAUGUGCUGUCCUGUUUAUUAGGUCAGCAGGAUGGCCUACCUAGGGGAAAGAGCCUGGGUGCUGGAGCACUUGGGUUCUAAUCCCCGCUCCACCAUAUAGCUACUGUCUGGCCUUGGGCGAAUCCCUUCACUUCUCUGGGCCUCAGUUCUCCAUCUUUAAAAUGGGAAUUAAAUGCCUGUUCUCUCUCCCCCUAGAAACCGAAAGCCCAGUGUGGGCCAGGGACCUUAUCCAACCUGA